AUGCCGUAUUCUCAUCGAACAUCAUCUGACACCAACUACAUGCUUUUCACCUUCGACGAAGACCCUGAGCCUCCAGACCCUCUGCCAGCGGUAGGAAUCCCUAUUCCGAAAACUGGAAAGCCAGAAAACCACUUUUUGCAGCCUUCCAGCCAGGGCAGCUUCCUGAACAGCCUAGGACUGGGCAUCAAAACAGGAACCAGCUUUAAAGGUGGAAGCUUCCAGGAUCUUCACAGUAACGUGUCGAAACUGCCACGUGUUCAUCGCAGGUCGUCAGUGUACAGAAGACUUUCAGUGUGGUCGACGAGUUCUACAGCUGGUAUUACCAUUCCGUCUGGCUACAACGAGGAAUCUGAGAGUAAGGGAGAAAGAGCCUUGGAGACUUUGUACCGCUUCGUGUGUUGGCCAGGGGCUUAUGGGAAAGUUCAUCUUGUUAAGGAUAAACAUAACGGGCGGCUUUAUGCCCAGAAACAGAUCAGAAAGCCUCAGAUUGAUGUUCAUGAGGAUAACGUUAAAGGUGUCCAUGUGAGCCAUAUCCAGAGAACGCUUGCUGAGCGGCAGAUAUUGACCCAGGUGACCCACCAUGCUAAUAUAGUGAAGCUUUUUUAUGCGUUGCAGGACCAUGACCGGUUUUACUUGCUUUUGGAGUACAUUCCUGGUGGAGAGUUGUUCUACCAUUUGACUUCAGGUAAUGCUUUGGGCAAUGUGUUUAAAGAGGACCACGUGGCGUUCUACGCCGCUGAAAUGGCCUUGGGACUUCGUCAUUUACAUCUGUUGGGUAUAGUGUACCGGGACUUGAAGCCGGAAAACUGUCUUUUGAACUCGGCUGGCCAUUUGGUGCUUACUGACUUUGGCCUUUCCAAGGCUAUUUCCAACGACGACGAAAGCGCUUGUAGGUCUAUUAUUGGCACGCCAGAGUACAUGGCGCCAGAGACGAUUCGAGGCGAGGCGUACGACUACGCUGUGGACUGGUGGCUGCUAGGAUGCGUGAUUUACGAUAUGAUGACGGGGAAACCUCCGUUUACAGGCAAACUGCACGACGUGAUCACCAAGAAGAUUCUUCUGGCGAAACUCAACUUACCGUUUUACCUCACGCUCGACGCCAAGGACUUGUUGAACAAGCUUCUUCAAAAGAAGCCUGAAAAACGGUUUCAAGUGGAUGAGAAAUGGGACGCUUUCACCAACCAUCGGUUUUUCAGGAAACUCAACUGGAACGCCAUUAUAGCACAGGAUGACUCGGUGGUUCCUCCCAUCAUUCCUACCAUUUCUGACCCGGAAAUGGCCGAGAACUUUUCCGAUGAGUUCACGUCGAUGAAAGUGAGUGAUUAUGAAGUGGCUACUGCUCAGGCGUCGGGUAACCCUCAGGAACUCUUCCAGGGUUUAGUUUUGCCGCCAGUGGAAGUUAUAUUGAUAAGUUCGGCCAGCUCAGAAUGA